CACGACUCUCAUUCCAGUGCGCUUGUGCACUGUUUACUUCCAGCCAGUGUUUGUUCUUUGAGCCGCUCUUAACGGCGUACAGAGUGUGAGGCAUAGAGCAGAAGAAUAACAAACAAAGCUGUUUGCUGCUCUGGAGAGUUGUUAUUGUGUUGGCUAUGAAAAUGAUCGGCAGCGACUACGUACUGGAAGCGCAUAACAUAUUCCACACCACCGAGGUGGACGGUGGUGGCUGUUUCAAUGGUGCCGGCAACUCAGCUCUGGUGCUCAAAGGCGUCAACCUGACCGUGCACAGCGGAGAGGUGAUGGCCAUACUGGGCUCAAAGGGCAGCGGCAAACGAGCUCUGCUGGAUGUUAUUGCAAGGCGUGCGGAUGGCGCCACUCGUGGCCAGGUGCUGCUCAAUGGCUCGCCGCUGAGCAAAGCGCUCUUCCAGCAACGUUGCGGCUAUGUGACACAAUCCUGCACCUUUGUGCCAGGCUUAACAGUGGCUCAAACAUUGCACUACACGCCCACCAUUCUCCGUGGGUAUCUAAAGAGUUCCAAGGUGCGUCAAGUGCUGGCGGAUUUAGCGCUCUCGCAGGUGGCGCACAAGCGCGUGGAGUAUCUGAAUAUAAGCGAGGCCAGACGCCUGGCCAUUGGCAUACAGUUGGUCCGAGAUCCAGUCAUGCUGCUGCUGGAUGAGCCCACUCAAGGUCUGGAUCCUCUCAGUGCCUAUCUGCUCAUCUCCAUACUCUCAAACACGGCCAAGAAGACAGGCUGCGGCAUUUUGUUGUCACUGGAGAAGCCACGCUCUGAUGUCUUCCCCUUUUUGGAUCGUGCGCUGUUCCUAUGCCUGGGCGGCGUUGUCUACUCGGGCGGCACUCGUGCCAUGCUGGAGUACUUCCAUGCCAUUGGCUUUCCCUGUCCGCAGCUGGAGAAUCCUCUCAUGUAUUAUCUGUGUCUCUCCACUGUCGAUCGCCGCAGUCGCGAUCGUUUUCUCGAGUCCAGCCAGCAGAUUGAGGCACUGGUGGAGCGCUUCUCCAGAGAGACGCCCAUUUCCGAUGCGCCGCUGAACAACAUGGGCUCGGGCAAGGUGCCUCUAGCCUAUGGCAAGCCCGGCGAGCUCAAAGUUUGGAUCAUGCUGUAUUUAAAACUUUUGGCUUCCACAUUCUCUUGCGGCGUGGUGGGCAUGAAGACGCUCUUCCUUCGCCUGCUCCUGUUGCCCAUAUCAAUGGCUAUUUUGUGGGCUUUCUAUACGAAUCUUAGCGACGAUGCCAGUGGCUUCUUUACAAGAAACAGCAUGAUAUUGAAUAUACUUGGUCUAUCCUAUGGCUGUGGCAUUUUGACCACCAUAACCUUGUUUCCCAUUUGGCGCAAAAAGCUCUCCCAGGAUACUCCAGAAGGUCUUUACACGGGCACUACGCUACUGCUAUCCUACAACUCCGUUUCCAUACCUUUCUCAGCGGUGUCUUCAGUUUUGGCUAGCUGUGUUAUCUAUCCCCUUCUCUUGGAUUCAAAGUUCAAUAAUGGCACCGUGUUCGCCUAUCUCUUUGUGGCCCUUUGGUCCAGCUACGUGCUGGCCGAGCAAAUGACCAUAUCAUUCUUGCUGGUGGUCAAGGUGCCCUUCAAUGCAGCCAUAGCAGUGACCUACGUGCUGGUCAUCAGCAUUGCCCUGGCCAGCGGCACAGUGCGCUCGUUUAAGGGCUUGCAGCCCUGGCUGCAGGACAAUACCAAGGGCACGCAUACGCGUUACGCCUCUUCGCUGCUGCACAGCAUCGCCUUUCAGACACGCAAGCUCAACUGCACACCCACCGCCUCUGUUAUAUGUCCGAAGCCCACAGACUUUAUGCACGAGCGCUUGGGCCUACCAGAUCCAGAUGAAACAAUUGAUGUCGCUGCGUCUUGUGCUUUCGCAGUGGGCUUGGCGGCUUUCAAUAUGCUGCUCUAUUUGUUCCCUAUGCCGCGUUGCGUGCGUCAAAAAUUUAAAGACUAAGCAUAUAAAUUUAAAUUUGCGCAGCACUCACCUAAUUUAUAUGAUUUUUAAGAUUUAAUUAAUAAAAAC